AUGGUUUCUCAAGACUCCAAGAUCAUCAUUGUUGGGGCUGGCGUGUUCGGCCUGAGCACAGCCUUGUGGUUGUCUCGAGCCGGAUACAAGAAUAUAACAGUCUUUGACAGGUGCCCGCUCGACACCAAGAAUUACAAUCCGUCUGAUGGAUGUGACGGAGCUUCAGCGGAUAUCAAUAAGAUCUUCCGCACAGCAUAUGGGACAGAAAAGGAGUAUCAGAACCUCGCGAUCGAAGCUCGAGAGCUAUGGUUGUCUUGGAAUCGAGAGAUUAGCGAGAGCUCCCCGUCGGCCCUUCCGCCCGGCCUUACGCCAGACGACAAAGUUCUGGACCUCUGUGGGAACUUCUUCUUGGCCGAGGGACAAGAGCUGCAGAAGUUUCAUAAGGACUCUUUGUCUCUUAUGGAAAAACUGGAACCCGAAUGUCGAAAGCUCCAAUUCGUCAAGGGUGAUAGGGAGGAUGAAGAGCGCCUGCGACAACUUCAUCCCAACUGGGUCGAGACCUUUCAUGCCAUUGACGGGAUCAACAACAACAACACAAACGGGUUUCUAGACAUCCAAGGCGGGGUUACUCUUGCAGAUAAGGCCUGUACCUACGCGCGUUUUCUCUGCGAGAAAGCUGGUGUCCGUUUUGUCCUCGGACAUCCUCAAGGUCAACUCCAGGAGCUCAUCGUUGCCAACGAGGGCAGUGGGAACAAAGUGACUGGUAUACAAACAUGUGAUGGCAAGAGUCAUCACGGAGACAUUGUUAUCGUGGCAUGCGGCGGUUGGACUGCGUCAGUCAUUCCCGAGGCCGCUCGUACUGUCGAAACAACCGCGGGUACGUUGAUGUUCAUCGACGUACCCAAGGAACGGAAGGAUAUAUGGGAAAUGUUCGAUUCCAAGCAUUUUCCGGCAUGGUCGUAUAGGAGAGGUGAAGGGGAUGAGUAUUACCAGGGAGGCGGAUUUCCUAUUACCAAAGAAGGACGACUGAAGUUUGGCUUCCGUGGCCGCAAGUUCACCAAUUUCCAAGACCAUCCAACGGCUCCCAAUUUACGUGUCUCCACUCCAAGGACGAAAUACACGCCUGACCCCAUUAAAACCAUACCCCUGUAUGGCCUCCAGUUGGUGAAGGAAGUCAUCGGAAAGGCUUUCCCAGAAUUGGCUGAAUUUGGAUUCACGGAUUUCAGGCUGUGCUGGUAUACUGAUAGCAUUGACAAUGAUUUUGUGAUUGACUAUGUGCCCGGAUAUUCAGACACCCUGUUCAUUUGCUCGGGGGGCUCUGGACACGGAUUCAAAUUCUUACCGAUUCUCGGGAAGCACGUCAAGAACCAACUAGAACGGAUUCCAGAUCAGUUUACAGACCUUUGGAAAUGGAGGGUCGUUGAGGACGGUAAAAUAUGCAACGGACUGGAGCAAGGAGAGGAUGGACCCAGAGAGUUGUCCAAGACUCAGAUGGCAGAGCCCCGUGAUUUCAAGUUUUUGCAACCAAAAGCCCCAGCUCUCCAAAGUCAACUUUGA